AUGGAGACGGCAUCGUUGCACGAUGUGUCGACGCAAGAGCAAAAUGCCCUUCUCACCCUUGCCCUCAUCUCCAUCGGAUACAAUCCGGGAACAGGGGCUCCGCGUCGCCUGAAGUUGCGCACCGGUCCCGCACGCAGCUUUAUCGAAACCAUUCCAUCCCCCUCCUACAGCCUCUUUCCGACCACAUUCGAUGCGCCUCGGCCAGCCAGCUCAACCAUUUACCUCAAGGCCAGCAACAUCGAGGGUCGACAUGAUGGUCGUGAGCGCGUCAGCCGCAACUUGCGCCGUGAGUGGCGUGACUUUCUCACCUGCCUCGGUCGCUUGGCAAGCGGAGCCCAACCGUGUCCAUGUCAAUCCGCCGCCAGCAAUGAGUGCGAAUGCAACACUGUAGCGCUAUGCCAGCAUCUUCGAUCCAUGUUCUUGAGCUUGCCCGAGUGGCGCACCAUUGCCGCCUACGACAAUGCCAAAGACAUCAAACUCCACCUGCGAGGGAUGCUGGACAUUAGCGACCGGUUCACGGCCGAUCCGAAUGACCAUACCUUUGACGCCACGCUGGAAGUGGUCAGCUGUCAGCUCAACAAGCACGGCUUGCGGCUGAUUCGGAGUGGGUUACGCUUCACGGUUGAGCGGUUGGACCAAGGGACCGGCGAGUGGGCACCUGUCCCCAACCCGCCACGGAGUGAAGGCGUCCCCAACCUACCACGGAGUGGAGGCGUCUCCAAUCCACCACGGAGUGAAGGCGUCCCCCACCCGCCACGAAGUGAAGGCGUCCCCAACCUACCACGGAGUGAAGGCGUCUCCAAUCCACCACGGAGUGAAGGCGUUCCUCAGCCCAAACGGAUGAAGAUCUUGGCCCAUGUUGACCAAACUGGAGAGCAGCGGGCUGAAGCCUCAGAUCAACCUGUAGAGUUUUGUGCGGCAUCACCCCAAGAACAAGAGUGGGCUGACGAGGAACUUGGUGUCAUGUUUCCCCCAAAAUCCGACGAUACGAUAGCCUAUGAGACGAUGCACCUCCUUGAUCAAUCACGAGGGCGAAGGGCAUGA